AUGGUCCGGUACUUAGUCGAACACGCCAUUGAAAUAGGCUUCCCGAUAAACUACUCAAGUGGUCACUUGAUCUUCGCCAAGGGGCGUCAUUAGGUUUCGUAACCGCUGCUAUUUAUAUCUCCCCUCUCUCUCUCUUUAUGCAUCGAUUUUUCCAGUACUUUCUUAAUGAAGCUUCUUUCAGACUUCAGUUUUUGAACUAGUUCUCGGCUUUGAACUAGAGCGAUAGGCUUUUUUUGAUAUGUAUUUUCAAUAAUGAAAAAGCUAUUUUUGAUGUAAUUUUUCAAGAAUCAACUGUUGCUUUAAUGUUAAAGUUAUCGUUAUUCUGUCUUUGUAGCGUCCUUCUUGCUCAUUUUGAGAUUUCUUAUCCAAAAAGAAAAACUUUCGCUUUUUUUAAAGCUUAGUGAAUUUCCAAAUUGUGCUUAACGCUCUAGAAUUUCAUUAAAAACUUCGAAUCCAGCCGUGUUUGGUUCCAAUAAUUGAAGGAUUUUUUUCCUGGUUUUGAAAUUGUGGCUAAACAUUAUUUUCUCAUUCAUUUAGAACAUCUUAUUUUCCAAUUCUCGAGAAUAAUUUCGUGUUCUUCCGCGUUCCUUCGUCAAGUAAACUGUUUAUUUUUCUUUCAUUUUAUUAUUUAUUUUCAGAGUUUUUUCUCCUCUUUUUUUCGAAGCUCGUCAAGCAGUUGUUCCGUUUUUCUCAGCCCCGAUUCUACUUCCACUGCAUAGUGAGUGAACCAGGAUUUCCUGUUGUGCAGUCAUUUUUUCUUUUCUUUGAGUAAAAAGAAGAGAAAUAAAGAUUUAUGUUGGAUUUUUGUUGAAUGUUUGAUGAAAAGUUUUUAGCAUUCAAAACAUUCAAAUUUUCUUCAUAAGGCUCAAGAUGGAAAAAAAAAAUUUAUUUUCUCGGAGGAAUACUUUUUGGGGCCAUUUAAAGAGAAAAAAUGUACCUUGGAUUUCGUUGAUUUUUUGAUUAUAGUGAUGUAAAUUUAGGCUUUUUUUGGUUUCUUGAAACAAAUUUGAUAUUCCAAGCCUUUUUCUUAAACGAAAAAAACGGAAAAACACAAAAGUUAAAGAGUCAUUUUUUUUCUGCUUGCCCAUUGGUCUUUUGAAGGUUUCGCACCCGUUAUUUUUCGCAUUUAAUCUUUUUUUUUCUCCUAUUUAUAAGUCAAUCCAGUUUCCCUCUUUUCCUCCGCGUUUUAAUCUUCUCUUCCGUUGGAGUUUACAAUUUUUCGCAUCUGAAUCGACUGACGUUGCCAAACUCACAUUUCGGUUUCAGCAAAUUUAAGUAAGAAGUAUUCUUUGAUAAGAAGUUUAUUAGAUAUUUUUUUCUAUCCCAACUUGAAUUUGGAAUCAAUAAAGGGAUUUUUUUAACCGCGAUUCUAAGCAAUAAAAAAAGAUUUUUUUCAAUUAUAUCCUCUUCUACAAGAACUAUUUCAUCGCGAAUUAUUUUUAUUAGAAUCGAAAAUUUGAAACAAAAAAAGUCUGAAAAUUUUGUUAUUUAUCAAAUAUUUUCUCCUCAAAUCUAUCUAUUUUUCCUUGGUUUAAGAUGAAGUAAUUGCAAAAACAAGACUGUAAUUUUCCCUUCGGGACCAAUUAUAUCAAUCUUAUUUGUUAUUUAUUCCCUUUGAAAAGCCAUUUUUUUACUCUAAACAACUAUGAUUAUUUUCCUCUUUCGAAGGAUUUAUUGUCUGUUUUCGAAAUUCGAAAACAUGGGCCAGUUAAAAUGUCCAUGAUUACUUUCCAAUAUAUUCCUUUAAUGGGGAUUUUUAGAUCUGUUAAUUUAUAGACAAGAUGGUGGUCGACAAUAUUGAGAACCAGACGAAUGGAAAGGCCAAUUCGCCGUUGAUCAGCACAGUCAAAUGCAAGGACGAACUUCCCAAUUCGAUCAUCGUGACCCAAGUUCCCGAGGAGGUAAUUGGGCUUGAAAUUCCGUGUGAAAUCCGAAAAAAAAACACAGAGUUUACUUCUGCGAUAUUUUUGAUGAAAAUCAUCAGUUUAUUCAUUUCGCAAUAAAUAAUAUUUUUACUAAGGAUCAUAAAACCAUAAGGAAAACGAGGAUAAAGCAAAAAAAAAGAAAUCAAGUUAGGCACAAUUUUCAGAAGAUAGUCAAAAAUAGAUUUUUAAAAAGCAAUCACCUCCUAGUGAACUUUUUCGAAGGAUUCUAUUAAAAUUAAAUUUUCUACUAUUUCUGAUCUUGAUCAAUUAGAAAUGGGAUUGUUCCUGUUUUUCAAUGGUCCAGGUGCCAAAGUUUUCGAACUUUCCCUGUUUCAAAAGUUUUGAUCGAUCAUAUAUAGCGCAUGUAAGAAGAUGCAAGUAAGGAAAUUGUGUGAUUCAUGAAUUUUUUUUUUUAAUUUUUCGCGCCAAUAAAAUUUUAAACAAUUGUUAAGCGAUCAAUUAUCUCAGUUGGCUGUUCCGAUACAACAAUAUAAACUUUUUUUCAAUCUUCAUUAGCUUAUUAAUUUAAUUCUAUCGUUUUUCCAGGUCUUCACAAACCCAUCGGACAAGGCCAAUUUCUCGCAACUUUUCACUCAAAUCGAAGAAAAUAUUCAUUUCGACUUUUUGAAGAGCUUCCGACGAGUUCGCGUUAUUUUUAGGUUUGGGUUUUUUCCCCUUUGUAUCUUUUCAGAAUCUUGAAUUAUUUUUCACAUUUUUUUAAUAGUUAGGAAAUAAUAUUCGCAACAUAAAGAAGUAUUCGAAUUGCUUUCAAAGACUUUUUGAUUUCGACAUGUCCUUAAACCAGUUAUAUUUCAUUCUCAUUAGGUAUAUUUGUGAUUUUUUGUAGCAAGAAAAGUUAUUUCAUUAUCUAUUGAAGUUUGAACGUUGCUGGAAACUCAUGUAAUCUGUUUUCCAGUACUCCGGAAAAUGCGACCGCCGCCAAGCUUAUCGUCCAAGGCUUCUCCUUCCACGGCCAGCAGCUCAAAGCGUUUUUCGCCCAGGUAAUCGACCAUUUGUCAAUUUUUUUUCUUUAAUUAGUAAGGUCGCUUUAGAAAAAAUUUUAUCCAACGUAGGAAUUCGAGCUCAUUUGAAAACAAGAAGCCAUUUGAACUUGCUGUACCGUUUCACCUUUUUCUAAAUUUCCAGCUUGUCCACUUCAUUCGGACUAUUUUUUCAGCGAGUUCUCUUGAGCAACAACAAGCUGACGCUUCUGUCGCCACCGCCCCUCGAGAAACAGUUUCUGAUUUCGCCGCCGUGUUCCCCGCCCGUCGGCUGGGAACAGACCACGGUCCGUUUUUUCCCUUUUUCCUGAAGUUUCGAGUUAUUUUGAGCGAUUCAAAAUGGCCAGAAACGGCUAGUUCAAAGAAAAAAUGGCUAAAUUACUUUAGUGGCCACUUAAGAAUUUUCUUUAUUUCAUUUUAAGAGCAACUUCAUUUUCUUUUCAAUCGCCGUGAUUUCUUCAAUUUUAGUUGACGAAUUCUGCAAUUAAUCUCAUUUAAAUAGUAUAAUGGGAUAGAUUUCCGGAUUUUUAUCCUAGAGAAACAUAAAUUAUAUUUGGAUUUUCAGGAAAUGGCUCCUGUUGUCUGCAACUUUGACCUGAUGGCCCGCCUCGCGUCUUUCGCCCUAGACGACAAGUUUGUCAUUUUCCAUUCUUUUAGAACUUAAAGCCGAAUUCCAAAUUAUCUUUGACUCUAAAAAAUUCUUUUUCACUCUCUGAAGGUGACUUUGAAUUCCGCGGCGAAAUCACAUUGAUCAUGACCUCAGACUCAAGUUUCCAAGAAACUUCAAAAGAAAUUUCAGAUACGAAGUCCACAAUGGCGACGAAUCGACGCCGACCAUUGUAGUGCACCCUUGCGAGACGCCCUUGGACGCCCCGUCGGCCAUUCAGAUGCCACGGACGCCGCGCCCAUCUUCUGAUGAGGAUGACGUCAACGGCAACGAGUAG